UAAUAAUAGAAAAAGAAAAAAAGAACAAAAGUAAAACUAAAACCCUAAACACUAAAAAAUCCCUCCUCACUCCUCAGCCGUCACAACCUUCCAAUUCCACUGGUUCUUCUCUCGCACCACGCACGCCGGCCGCACUUCUUUCUCCUCCACGCCUCCCUCCGCCAUCCGAGAUUCUUCCGAAGCUCCAUUGACCGUCGCCACCGCCAGCCGUUCCAGAUCAAGAACUGAUGGCCAGUUAUGCGGAUGUUUUUCGUACUAUGAGGCUGCGAAUUCAACUUCUACGCCUACUUCCUUCUCUAUUCAUCUGCUUCCUCGCCUCGACUAAUGCUCUGGUACUCUUCAACCUCCAUUCAUCGCUUAUAUUCUUAUCUACUUCUUCGGAACUCGCUUCACGUAUCUCGAACUCUUCAAUGGAAGUUCGGCGACGAAUUGAAGCUGAGCCAACCGGAUUUGGUUGACCGCAUUUCCCGCCUCCUAGUCCUUCGACGAUUCGAUGCCCUCGCCAACCUCUCUUUCAGUUUCUCCAACGAACUGAUGGAUUUAGUGCUUCGGAAUCUCAGAUUAAACCCUGAUGCUUCCUUAGAGUUCUUCAAAUUGGCAUCUAAACAACCGAAAUUUAGACCAGAUGUUAGUUCCUAUUGCAAGAUUGUCCAUAUAUUAUCGAGGGCUCGAAUGUACAAGGAGGUUAGGGUGUAUUUGAAUGAACUUGUGGUUCUAUGCAAAAACAACUACAUUGCAUCUGCAGUGUGGGAUGAGCUUGUAAGGGUUUAUAGAGAAUUUUCCUUUUCUCCUACUGUGUUUGAUAUGAUUUUGAAGGUUUAUGCUGAGAAAGGAAUGACAAAAUUUGCACUGUGUGUGUUUGACAAUAUGGGUAAGUGUGGUCGUGUUCCAAGUUUGAGGUCCUGCAAUAGUUUAUUGAGUAAUUUGGUCCAGAAUGGAGAAGCCUUCAAGGCUCUGCUUGUUUAUGAACAAAUGAUUGCAUUAGGCGUUCUUCCCGAUAUUUUUAGCUAUACAAUAAUGGUGAAUGCUUAUUGUAAGGAAGGGAGAGUGGAUGAAGCCUUCAAUUUUGUGAAAGAAAUGGAGAGGUCAUGUUGUGAACCAAACGUAAUAACUUACAAUAGUUUGAUUGAUGGUUAUGUCAGUCUAGGAGAUGUUUCUGGGGCAAAAAAGGUGUUAGCUUUGAUGUCUGAAAAGGGCAUUCCUAAAAAUUCCAGAACUUAUACUUUGUUGAUAAAAGGUUAUUGCAAGAGAGGUCAGAUGGAGCAGGCUGAGAAGCUAAUUGGGUACAUGGAGGAGAAGAAUUUGUUUGUUGACGAGCAUGUUUAUGGAGUGUUAAUACAUGCAUAUUGCAGCGCUGGUAGAUUAGAUGAUGCUCUUAGAAUAAGGGAUGCAAUGUUGAAAGUAGGAUUAAAAAUGAAUACUGUAAUUUGCAACUCACUUAUUAAUGGGUAUUGUAAGCUUGGUCAUGUUAAUAAAGCAGCGGAAGUGCUCGUUAGUAUGAAAGAUUGGAACUUGAAACCGGAUUCUUAUGGCUAUAGCACUCUUCUUGAUGGUUUUUGUAAACAAGAAGAUUUCAAGGAGGCUUUCAAACUUUGUGAUGAGAUGCAUAACAAAGGAGUUGAUUUUACUGUUGUGACUUAUAAUACCCUCCUUAAGAAUUUGUUCCAUUUUGGUUAUGUUGAGCACGCGUUGCGUAUUUGGAACUUAAUGCAUAAAAGAGGUGUGGCACCUAACGAGGUUAGCUAUUGUACACUUUUAGAUGCAUUUUUCAAAGUAGGUACUUUUGAUAGAGCUAUGAUGAUAUGGAAGGAUGCACUAUCGAAGGGUUUUACAAAGAGCAGAACUCUUUAUAAUACCAUGAUUUGUGGCUUUUGUAAGAUGGGGAAAUUAGUGCAAGCACAAGAGAUUUUUCUUAAGAUGAAGGAACUUGGUUUUCCACCUGAUGAAAUAACAUAUCGAACUCUAAUUGAUGGAUAUUGUAAAGUUGGAAAUGUGGUAGAAGCCUUAAAAUUGAAGGACAUGGCGGAGAGAGAAGGAAUAAGCGCUUCCAUUGAAAUGUACAAUUCUCUUAUUACUGGUAUUUUUAGAUCUGAAGAAUUACAGAAAUUGAAUGGUCUUCUAGCUGAGAUGAAGAACCGAGAACUAUCUCCCAAUGUUGUAACUUAUGGCUCCCUUAUAGCUGGUUGGUGUGACAAAGGGAUGAUGAACAAAGCAUAUAAUGCAUACUUUAAGAUGAUCGACGAAGGGAUUGCACCUAAUAUUACCAUCGGCAGCAAAAUCGUAAGUAGUCUGUAUCGACUUGGUAAGAUUGAUGAAGCAAGUUCGAUUCUUCAUCGAAUGGCAAAUAUUGAUCCUAUUGCAGCUCAUGCACACUCUAUAGAAUUGCCCAAGUCUGAUUUGAGACAUCAUGAAACUAAAAAAAUUGUGGAUUCUUUUGACGAAAAGGCCAUGAGCAUCCCUAUGUCGAACAAUAUUGUAUAUAAUAUUGCAAUUACAGGAUUAUGCAAGUCUAAGAACAUUGAUGAUGUCAGAAGGAUUUUGUCUGAUUUGUUACUUAGAGGCUUUCGUCCUGAUAAUUAUACGUAUUGUUCUCUUAUUCAUGCUUGCUCUGCUGUCGGUAAGGUCAAUGAAGCCUUUUGUCUAAGAGAUGACAUGAUAAAUGCAGGUCUUGUUCCAAAUAUUGUGGUGUACAAUGCUCUUAUAAAUGGUUUAUGCAAGUCAGGGAAUCUGGAUCGAGCUAAGCGACUGUUCCAUAAACUGGCUCAAAAGGGUUUAUCACCGACCGUUGUUACAUAUAACAUUCUCAUCGAUGGAUAUUGCAAGGGUGGUAGAACAAUAGAUGCUCUCAAACUUAAGAAUAAAAUGAGAGAAGAAGGCCUUUCUCCCUCUUCUAUUACCUAUUCUACCUUGAUUCAUGGUCUUGAUAAGGAAGGAAAAUCUAAACAAUCUGUGGAGCUUUUGAAUGAAAUGAUGAAGGCAGGGAAAGAGUCAAGUGUAAUGGAUCCACUUGUUGCUCGAGUUUACGUCAAAUGGAGAGACAAGCUGUCUGAAUUAGCUCCCUGAACUGAAGUCCAAUCCGUGGUGCUUCGUCGUGUUUGAGUUGAACAUUCUUUUCAAGAUGGUACACGUAAUGGGAAAGUAAGAAAUCUUUCUAACCUACUUUUAGCUCACUAAUUUGAAGAGAGUAUACAAAGAAAGACAGACAUUAUUAUUAUUAUUAUUUUCAAUUUAAAAUAAUUAAAAAAUGGAUAAGAGAUGAAUGCAUCGUGCUUAUUUGGAUUAA